UAUGGGCUCUUGCGCUUUGUACAAUGUUGAGUGGUUUAAUUGUUCCGUGCGUUCUGCUUUUAUUGACUUUUCACUUUUGAGAGAGAAUGUCUAAGUUAUCGGUUGUUUUGUAACAUCACUUCAAGAAAAUGUCGAGAAGAACAGGUAUUAUGGGAAGUGUUAGUAAUUUUGGUAAUUCAUUUCGUCGCGUUCCUGGCAGGUUAAGCAGACGUUGGAAAAGUGUUGAGAAUGAAGAAUCAAAUACUGUAAGCAAUACACAACACGAGGAAGCAGAACAACAAAGAAUUUUAAUUGGUAAUCUUGUCAAGAGCGGCCGGUUGAGUGUAGACGAAGCAAUGUCAUUCGCCGAGUCGACAGGUUUAACUGGGAGUAAUGUUACACAGGUGGUAAAAACUACAUUCAACUUUGGUGUGUACAAGUAUACCAAAGAUAAAUCGCGGACAGAACGUCACAUCUUGCAGUUUGACUUUAAUGAACAAACUAUAUCAACGAUUCAAAAAGGAAAAUUCGGCAAGAAGAUAGCUUUUAAUGAAAUUCGUGACUACGACAGUGAGGAUGAUUUGAGGUUUUUCAUCUAUUGUGACGAGGGCGAAAUGGAGUACGACGCUGAUUCCGCCGAAGAGAAAAAUAAGAUUUGUGCUCUAUUAGACGGUAUUGUUGUCGAGAAUAAAAGCGCACUUCUGUCUGGUGGACUGGGCUCCUUAUCACGAUCAAGAUUUUCAACAUUGUCACCAAAUAAAGUUAUAAAAGAAGGACAAAUCGAAAAGCGCGGACAUAAUGCAGCGUUUCUUACUUGGGCAAAGAGGUUCAUAAGGAUAAAAGAAGGAGAGUUGGCUUAUUACAAAAUCGGUGAAGAAAAUUCGACUGCGUUAAAUAUUGUCAAACUUGGUCCCGGGCAUUCCUUUAUAAAGAAAUAUGAACAUAAUGUAUUUAUUGUAUCGACACAAAAGAAGGAGUAUAGUUUUCGUAUUAUGAAUCCAAACAACACGAAAGAUGUAAACGCCAUAAAAAAAGAACGUGAUGAAUGGUUUGAAGCACUAUCACAUGCUCUACAGCCUUCCAGUCCUUAUGUAGCCGACAUGUCUCCUCUUUCAUCUCCUACAGUACAAAAACAAGAUAUUCUCAACUCUGCCUUGGAACAAGAGGAAUUUCUCAAACAAAUUGUCGAGAGUCUACAACAGGAAUUAGAACAAUUAAUGUCCAUUAUGAAUGUUUUAGAUGCACCAGUUCACGCCACUUCUCAGAUGAAAAAAGUUAACGAGAUUGUGCAAAAAUUGAAUACUCAAAUAAAGACCGGCUUAUUAGCUUGGACUAUGAAGUCCAUGGCAGCUAUGUACAAUUUCUCAAGUCCUCCUACGAGCCCUCGUCCUCUCACAAUAUCCAGAAGACAUCCAUUAAAUUCAAUUCGUGAAGUUAAUGGCGUUCCAGCUGACGACAGUGGCGGUAAUAGCAACGAGUCAUUGUUGCCAACAAAGAUGGGGGAUGAUGGUGUAUGUACAGAGACUUUUGGGGAUGUUAAAGGAAUUAGUCCACGUAAUAUUUCUAACUCAAAUCACAUUCCUGAAUCAAAAAAUGGCAAUGACAAUCAACAUCUAACAGCUGGAGUUAAAACUGAAUCCACAACAUCGUCUCUUGAUUCUUCUCAGGAAAAUAAUUCGCAACAUUCGUCAUACAAUUCGACACCCAAUUCAUCCGAAGGUUCUGCUUCAAGAACUUCAGUUCAUUCAUUGCCAUCCCCCAUCACCACUCCAUCUUUGUCCAGUUCUUCAAUUGUUCCUCCUCCCCCACCUUUACCUGGAGGGGUAGCACCUCCUCCCCCACCACCACCAUUUGGUAUGGGCUCAAAAUCAGCCCUCCCACCCAAACCUGUUGUAAAACCAAGUACCAAGGUUCGACCAUUCUUUUGGACGAAAGUUCCCAAUAAUCUGCUUUUAUCAUCAAUGUGGAAGAAAGCCGAAGAUAGAAUGAACGAACUUGAUUUUAAGAUGAUCGAACAUCGAUUUCAAGUGGAAGAAAAACCCAAUUCUACAGAAAUAUCGCAAGCAGUGAAAAAGAAAAGUCUUUUGAAUAAUAAACGUGCGCAGAAUUUAGAAAUCUUCUUAACUGGUGUUCGAUUAAACCCUAAAGAUAUUGAUAGACGAUUGAAAUUCCUUGAUGAAAAUGACGGCGGUUUGCCUCUAGAAAUUAUUAUUUCCUUGAAAAGGUUUCAACCUAGUACUGAGGAAAUGGAGAUGUAUAAAAAUUACAAAGGUGCAAAAGAAGACCUUCCAAAAACUGAUCAUUUUAUGAUGAAGCUGUGUGAAAUUUCUGAUCUAAAUGCACGCCUUGAUCUCCUUCUGUUUAUUCUGGAAUUUCCUCUUCAAUAUGAAGAACUUUCGCCCAUGGUAUCAUCAGUUUUGAAAUGUUGUGAUGACAUCAUUCGUAGCAAAAGUUUACAAAUAGUCAUGGAAUAUAUUCUUGCCAUUGGAAACUUUCUUAAUGGUGGAAGGCAGGGUGCUGCACAUGGCUUUCAAAUAUCCUCUCUUCCAAAGUUAUCGGACACACGAGGCUCUGAUAAAAGUUACACUCUGUUGCAUCUGCUUGUUGAUGUAUUGAGUGAUAAAAAGGAGGACGCUUUGUCUUUAUCUGAAGAUUUGUCAAGUAUAAAGGACGCCAUUGAAGCUUCAGUAAAAGGACUUACAGCCGAGGUUGAAGUUUUGUGUAAAAGUUUGGCAAAGAUCACGAAGUUAAAUAGUGAUCUUCAUUCAAAACGGAAGAAUUUUGACGCGACGGAUGAAAAUUUCCACAACGACGUAAAUAAAUUUGUUAGUGAUUACGAAUUCACACUCAGAGAUUUAAACGACAGAUGUGAUAAAAUGAAAGAAAGCUAUUCGUCAUUGUUGACAUUUUUUGGCGAACCUUCUGGGAAAAAUUCUGAAGACGUUUUCUCUGACUUGCAUAAAUUUCUUACGAAAUUUUCUUCUGUUGUUGAAGAGAAGAACAAAAGGAAAGAUCAUGAUAUUUCUGGAAAAGAUGGCCUUAAGAAUCUUGAGCAACACAAACAAUUGAUUGAUGAGAUAAAAAAUAAGAAGAAAACAAGUAAACCCCUAUUGGAAAAACAGCAAACACUACCAAAAGGAAAUGCUGUUGAAGAAAAUUGCAAAUCAACUUCGUUAAAACGCCAAGGAACUUUACAAAAGUUAAGUGGUGGUGAGCAUCGCCAACCGAAGUGGGAUGUCCGCCAUUUUGAACUUGACGAAUAUGGAUAUUUGUGUUAUUUUGAAAAAGCUGGCGGUAAAUUGAAAGGAAAGAUUUAUUUACAAGCUGAAGUAGUUAUAAGUAAACUUGAUAAAUUGAAGGUUGAAAUUAUAACAGAAGAACGAACGUAUGUUUUAAAAACGAACUCAGAAAAGGACGCCAUUGCUUGGAAAAAUGACAUCGCUAAUUUUACAAAAUAGUGAAGUUUUUUUAAGUUAUGUUUUGUUAUUCGAUUUCUUUAAAAGAACAAAAUUUUGUUACGAUAUUCUUUAAAUCGGAAAUAUUUUCAUGAACUGAAGGUGUUUUCUAGUUGGUCGUCUUUUCUUAUCAGCUGAUUUUUAUGAAGACAACUUUUUCUGAAGACAAUUGAAGAUUUGUCAGUUUUUAAUCAUAAGCUUUUAAAACAUCCUUUUUUCAUUAACAAAAUUUAAAAAGCUGACAAGAGAGGCUACGCAUCUUCCUAGAAGAGAACUAAAUGUAUACAUACUAAAUGUUUUCGUAAAAUUUUGAACAAGAAUGUUAUCACUAAUAGAAAUAACGUAUAGGAAACGUUAUUUCACCAUUAAA